AGAAAAAGAAAGUACCUCCCUCUUUCUUUUUUCUCUCUCCUCUAUACAUACCCUUCAUUUCCCUCUCUUUUUUUUCCUACACUUAUCCUUAACUUACUCUUACAUUAUCUCCUCCCAAAAAAAAUGGCAACAAAAAAUGGAAGAAUGCUCAAAGAUUUCUUACAAGAUUGUAAUAGUAAUAGUAAUAGUAAUAAUCAACCCGUGUUAUCGGCGGAGGUGCCUAGUACCCUUCCUAGGAGCCGGAGUCGAUCACGAGCAGCGUUAACCUCAUUCCAGAAGCUUCUUACGGCGGUUAAGAGCUUCCACAACAACACAUCAUUCGCAACGCCGUCAACGUUGCAAAGGAGUGUUUCUAAGAGGUUGUUAGAAAGGUUGCGUAACAAGAAGCCAGCAAAGAGAUCGGAUACUAGAUUAUCCGGUGAGGUAAGGAGUAGUAAGAUAAUGGUGGUCACGGUUCGAGUCAAAGAUAUCCUACGGUGGAAAUCGUUUCGAGUCGUCGAGGAAGAGGAGGUGGAAUCCCAUCAUUAUCAGCCGUUGGAUGAUAAUGAUGUGGGGCCCGCCAAUGACGCGCCCACGAAUAAUAAUAGUAAUAAUAAUAGUGAUAGUAGUGGUAGUAAUAGUAAUGAUGGAUCGGAAAUGAGUUGGGGUGAAAGUGAAUUUACCGUGGCGGAGAUGGUGGUGGAAGAGGAGGAGUUACCGUGUUGUAUGGGUGAUUCCGGUGAUGAAGAGGGUAAAAAUUGGGACGACGUUGGUGUUGAUGGUGCAUCGGAUUCUGAAGUGGGGUCCAAAGAGGAUAAACAUAACAUAGGAAGUGAAGAAGGAACAGAGCAACAAAGUCCAAUUUCAGUUCUUAACUCUCCAUUUAGAGAUGAAGUCUCAGAAGAAGAGUUACCUUUAUCUUUUGACCAAAAAAUGGCUAAUAUGGAAAGAACGAAGCAAAGACUUCUUCAAAGCAUCCAAUGGUUCGAGGACUUGGCUGGUGUCCAUGAUGACGGCGAAACAGAUUCAGAAGAAGAAGAAGAGCAACCGGUCGAGGUUAAGAGUAAAGCUAACUCGAGUAGGGGAUUUUGUUGGUUUAAACGAGGAAGUGAAAGUUUAAUGGAGAAAAAAGAGUGCAUGAGAAAGCUAGGAGAAUGGAACAAGUUUGAGGAGGAAAAAACAGAAUUAGGAGUUGAAUUGGAAGAUGAGGUGUUAAGUGAUUUGUUGGAUGAGGUUUUGAAUGAUUUUUGUGGAUCCAAUGAGUAAAUUCAAGAAAAAGAAAUAUAUAUUGUGAUGAAUUUAAUUUGACUAUUACGAAUUUACGAGUGUCAGCGGAUUAGUUUGUUACAUGUACAUACAUAAGAGGGAAGAAGAAGAAAAUGAGAUGAAGAAAGUGUAAUAAAGAGUAUGCUAUGUAUGCACCAUUGCUUAGUUUAGUAAUAUGCAUAUAGCUAGGACUUUUGUAUGAAUAUGAUGCUAAUAUCUAAUAUAUAUGGGCUUUUUUUGAGUGGAUAUAUAUACCAAUUUCUUUCAUUA